UGAGCUGUUUUAAUGAUAAUUGAUUUGAUUACUUAAGCUUUAAGGUUACUAUAUACGGGAUACAUAUACAUAUAAAAGUCAUGUUUUCACUUUGUAUAUUUGUCAGAUGAGAACAUUCUUAUAAAGGUAACUCUGACAUUAAUUUGGCAAGUUCUGAACUAAGACCUUUUAGCAUUUUAUUCUUUCCAGAGACUAAGACCAAAUUGUUCUAAAUUCCAUACCCCACUGUGCAGAUCUAUAAUUUAUUUAUUUUUUAAACAUCAGAAAAUAUGCCAUUACCCAUAGGACUUCCAAAUGUAACAAAUCUGGGUAAAAAGCAAUCAAAUGAAUAAAUUACAGCAGUAGACAGCAAACAGUUUCUCCUGUUCUCUUUCUUCAUUUUCCUUUCUCUAUAAGAAAUAGCAAAUUAAACCAUGGCUAUUCGUGGUCUUGUACUAUGAGAACACAUAUGGGCAUACAUUUUUGUCCUAUUAACAAGUUUGUUGGCUUGGUGGCAGAAAGUAAAGUACACUGUAAAGACAUCUUAAUGCCUUACUUGAGUAGGGUCAUUUGUUAAUGCACAGCCCAACCUAAAUGUCUUGUACUAAACUCUUAUGGUACCCAUUGUCUGUCUUUAAAUGGAUACUGAAGAGCAAAGGCAGGCAGCCCUGGUUAUACACAAGAGCCACUUGGAGCUUAUAAAAAAAAUGCAGGUACCUGGGUCUAUCCCCAAGGUUUCUGAUCCAGUUAGUAUAUAAACAAACAAACAAAACCCAACAACAAUGAAAAUAAAGGCAAUUCUAAUGUGCCAUGAUUGAGAACCAUAGUUAAGAGAGUCCCAACACCAGUGCAAGGAUAAUACCUACUUUGUUUCUGGAUAGUAGGACAAAGCCCACCCUUAGUUCGUUUUUCCAGGGGCAGGCAGGAGGGUGUCUGAGAAGCUGCCAGAGCUCUCUGAGAACUGACAGCAUUCUCUGAGCAGCACCUUUAUAGGGAGUAUUCUAUAAGAGAUGGAGCCUUGAGAUACUAAAAAUUUUCUGGGUUAAGGCCAAUGGAAGUAGAUAAUUGAACAACAAAUUACAUAAUGCUAACCUUGAAGUUGAGUCCGUAAACUGUGGCAAGCUUAUACACAUUUGAGCAUUUUGAGCAAAAGUUCAUUAAGAGAGGCUGACUGGCUCAGCUUCGCUUCAAUCACUCAAUCAUUGCAGGUCAUUAGAAACAAAAGAAGAAUAUGAAUGCCAUAUCCCAACCACCAUAUAACUGUAGGUCAUUAGAAACAGACAGAAGAAUUCUUAAGUUAGAAAUGGCAAAUUACAUCUCUUGGAAAUUAAUCUACUUAAGCCAGUGUAUUUUUUUCCCCACUUUUCCCCUCUCAUUUCCCCCCUCAUUGGCUUAAUUUUUGUCCUUUUAAUAAAAGUGCUUUUUUUCUUAUAUCUUUUUUUUAACGAUAAUGUCUGUCCCCUAUUACUUUUAGUCUUUUGCUAUCACACUCUAUGGCUUCUUCAUUUAAUCCUGUAUCUUCCAGUCUUCUCAUGUUUUUAUACCUCACUUUCCCCAUGUUUUUUUCCUUUUCGUUAACACCAGUAUAGAAGUCCUUCCUCUUCAUUUUCCCGUCUUUGAUUUAUGUUUGGUUGCCAACCGCGUUUUUGAUUCUCGACAUCUCAUUUUUGCUAACUGCCCUUCCUUAAUCUUCUGUUGAUGUUUUAUUCCUAUCACUUCUGUCAAUGCUCACACCCAUUUCUUUCCUUUCCAUCUAUCUCUGUAUCUCCAUAUGCAUUUUAUGAUCCUACUACUAAAUGCUUAAAGCUAUAUGUGUGUGGAAUAGAACGGUACCUUCCUCCACGCGAAUCCUAUUUCCCUCUCCUCCCAUAGCUACUUCUUGUCUAUUCAUCCUUUCCAGAUGUCGCCCUGUCCCACCCCAUCUGUCCCCUUCUUCCCCGUGUGAAGCCCAUCUUCUUUCUAACCCCAUUUGCACCCGUCUGAUUUUACAGUCAAGGGCUUCAACAAGAUAAAGGAUGCAGAGUUCUACUGGGAACCAGAUUGUGUGUGUUUCUGAAACUUUUGCGCGUUUACUGAAAUGGGAUUAGGGAUUUGGAUAUAGAAACAUUCUCGGGCAGCCUUUCAGCCCUGGCACAGCUUUGUACACCUUGGAGCGCGCUGGGGCCUAUUCUAACGGGCAAGGACAGGGAAGUGUUUCAAGACCUUUUCUGGCCUUUUCCACUCCAGGGGUCAGGAUGAAUAGGCAUCACUGACCCAAACGGUUAAACCAGGCCGGGUGGGGAAUCCUGGGGCCCUCUUCUGCGGCAGAUCUGGCGGGGUGUCCAGGACGCCGCGGGGCUCCGUGCAAGGAGGGGUUGGAGCAGUGGCCGCUGCGUCCGCAUGAGUCACCGGGCCUCCUCGGGAGGUCCGCUCACCUCUUACAGAGGAGGCCGACCCCAGGCCGGGUGCUCCCCUGGGGCGCAGGGCGCGGCCCCGGGCGCCGCCACCGCAGCGGCGCCAAGGGCCGGAGGUGCAGUCCUUCCCCAGGAGAGAAAGCGAGUCGCUGUCGGUCGCUCAGCCAGAAGGUCGAGGGAACAGCGCGGGUGUCCCUCGCCAGCCGGCCCUCUGGGAACAGGGCGGGGGCGACACCCCAGGGAGUAGGGCUGAGGACGGCAGAAAUCAAUCGUGGGUACCGGCGCGUGGUCACGCAUAGGAGAGGAGCGGGAGAGGGGCUGGUGGGGGCCCCUGGGCGGCUGGGGCCGUGGCUCUGUCUGUCGACUCGGCGGGCGCCCCGAAGUCUGGGGCCGCCACGGCUCCAGCUCUGCCGGCUCCGGCCGGAGACUCCAGGCCGCAGUUUCUCCUCCUCCCGGAGCCUUCUCUCCAGUGAGGAGCUGAGCGCGGGCGGCGCGGGGGGAGGGGUGGCGGCGGAGAGAACAGCCAGUUGUUUAAAAUCCUUCUAGAGCAGUUUCUAAUUCCCCCCUUGCGCCCGGGUUCGGAGGGGGGAGGGGGGAAGGAGAGCGGGUGGAGGGAGGAGAGCGGAGAGGGAAGGCGGGAGGGAGGGAGUCGGGGAGGGAGGGAAGGAGGGAGGAGACUGCCGCUGAGGCUUAGCCGCCACCGCGCGCUUCGGAAGGCCGGAGGGAGGGGGAGGCCUGUCAGUCUCGCGCGUUGCCUGGGCGAAGGGGGCGGAGCCUUGGCGUGGGGUGGCCAAUAGUGGGGGUGGCUGCGUGGGUCGCCAUGGGGACGGGGCUGUUCCCGGGGAGGCUGUGAUGGGUUGACAGGUGCGUGACAGUGGGAGCUGCUCUCGGCACAAGCAUGUACGGCAAAGGCAAGAGUAACAGCAGCGCCGUCCCGUCCGACAGCCAGGCCCGGGAGAAGUUAGCACUCUACGUAUAUGAAUAUCUGCUCCAUGUAGGAGCUCAGAAAUCAGCCCAAACAUUUUUAUCAGAGAUAAGAUGGGAAAAAAACAUCACAUUGGGGGAACCACCAGGAUUCUUACAUUCUUGGUGGUGUGUAUUUUGGGAUCUCUACUGUGCAGCUCCAGAGAGACGUGAAACAUGUGAACACUCAAGUGAAGCAAAAGCCUUCCAUGAUUACAGUGCUGCAGCAGCUCCCAGUCCAGUGCUAGGAAACAUUCCCCCAGGAGAUGGCAUGCCAGUAGGUCCUGUACCACCAGGGUUCUUUCAGCCUUUUAUGUCACCUCGGUACCCUGGAGGUCCAAGGCCCCCACUGAGGAUACCUAAUCAGGCACUUGGAGGUGUCCCAGGAAGUCAGCCAUUACUCCCCAGUGGAAUGGAUCCAACUCGACAACAAGGACAUCCAAAUAUGGGUGGGCCAAUGCAGAGAAUGACUCCUCCAAGAGGAAUGGUGCCCUUAGGACCACAGAACUAUGGAGGUGCAAUGAGACCCCCACUGAAUGCUUUAGGUGGCCCUGGAAUGCCUGGAAUGAACAUGGGUCCAGGUGGUGGUAGACCUUGGCCAAACCCAACAAAUGCCAAUUCAAUACCAUACUCCUCAGCAUCUCCUGGGAAUUAUGUAGGUCCUCCAGGAGGUGGAGGGCCACCAGGAACACCCAUCAUGCCUAGUCCAGCAGAUUCAACCAACUCUGGCGAUAACAUGUAUACUUUAAUGAAUGCAGUACCUCCUGGACCUAACAGACCUAAUUUUCCAAUGGGCCCUGGGUCAGAUGGUCCCAUGGGUGGAUUAGGAGGAAUGGAGUCACAUCACAUGAAUGGCUCUUUAGGCUCAGGAGAUAUGGACAGUAUUUCCAAGAAUUCUCCCAAUAAUAUGAGCCUGAGUAAUCAACCGGGCACUCCAAGGGAUGAUGGCGAAAUGGGGGGAAAUUUCUUAAAUCCUUUUCAGAGUGAGAGUUACUCCCCUAGCAUGACAAUGAGCGUGUGAUCCAUUACCAAGUCUCCUCAUGAAAACCACAGUGAGUCAGCCCUUCACAGAACUACUACGGAAGAAAAUUAUUCAUCACAGUGUACAGUUAAACAAAGGAAUCUCAGUCACACCAAACCAACCUUUUUAUUUCCUGCUCUCUCCCCUCUUUUGUGAAGAAAGCGGGUCCAAACGUGAUUCAAACAACUGUACGGAGUGGCAUAUUAGAAUUGCCCUAAACUGAACUGCAAAUAAUUAUGUGUGUAUGUAUAUGUGUGGGAAAGAGAAUGUACUGUAUAUGUGUAUGUCAUACAGACAUAUACACAUACAUGCAUUGACCCACAGGACAUUGUAAAAUAUUAUCACAUGACAUCUUAAGUAGAAAUAAGUAGGGACUUUUAUUCCAUCCUUUUUUUCACGUUUACAUUUUAAUUAUUACAAGUUGCUCCUGCCCCCUCCCUGAACUAUUUUGUGCUGUGUAUAUCACUGCUUUAUAUAAGUUAUUUUUUAAGGUGAACUCAGAUGUUAUGGUUUUGUAAAUGUCUGCAAUCAUGGAUAGGAAUAAAAUCGCUUAUUUGAGAGCUUUCAUUAAA